GGGAAAUCUUUUUUCUUUCUUUUAAACUAAAAAGAUCAUUCAUUUAUAAAGAAUUGAAUCCCCAAAGGCUAAACUAGUAUGUCGGGUAUCUAUAAUCCCAACUUUUCUCCUGCCAGAGCUGCUUCUCCUCAGAUCAGAACCACCCCAGAUGCUGACAGUCAGUACUUAUCAGAACUGUUGGCAGAGCAUCAAAAGCUUGGACAUUUCAUGCAAGUCCUUCCUAUAUGUAGCCGCCUGCUAAAUCAAGAGAUAUUUCGGGUCUCAGGACUGAUGUCUAACCAGGGAUUUGGUGACUUUGACCGGAUGAGGCAUAGAAGCCCCAGUCCCAUGGCUUCUUCGAACCUUAUGUCAAAUGUUUAUGGGAGAGGAUUAGGCGGCUGGAAUAGUCUUUCCCAAGAGAGAUUGAGCCGACCACCGGGGAUGUCAAUGGACUGGCAAGGUGCCCCUGCAAGUCCUAGUUCAUACACUGUGAAGAGGAUUUUGCGUCUUGAAAUUCCUGUUGAUUCAUAUCCAAACUUCAAUUUUGUUGGACGACUUCUAGGCCCCAGAGGAAAUUCAUUAAAGCGGGUGGAAGCUACUACUGGCUGCCGAGUAUACAUCAGAGGCAAAGGAUCAAUAAAGGAUCCGGACAAGGAAGAGAAGCUGAGAGGCAGACCAGGAUAUGAGCACCUGAACGAUCCACUCCACAUCUUAAUCGAGGCUGAUUUGCCUGCUAAUAUUGUUGAUACAAGGCUUAGACAGGCACAGGAAAUCAUGGAGGAGUUACUUAAACCCAUUGAUGAGUCGCAAGAUUUUAUCAAGAGACAGCAGCUGCGCGAGCUGGCAAUGCUAAACUCGAAUUUCAGAGAAGAUAGUCCUGGUCCAAGUGGCGGCGUUUCUCCUUUUAAUUCAAGCGGAAUGAAACGUCCAAAAACCGGACGCUAAGAAUCAAACCUGAAAACCAUCUGGAAUUGUUUCUACCGUGCUCCAGGAUUUCAUAAGCCAGCUAUAUCUUCUGAUACAUAUUGGUUCCGUCCGUGUAACUCGUAAAGACUAGGCUAACAGUUGCAGCUGCAGCCGGCGAUGGGAUUUCCAUCAUUCAACUGUUUUUCCGAUUGAAAAAAAGAAAAUUGGGUCUUGGAGUCUAGAUUUGGUGAAGUCAGUACUCAGUUUUGCUGUCAACUUUUAAUACAUUCAUUGGAUUUAUUCAUAUGAUUAGUAGGUUAAGGAGUGAAAUAUAUAUAUAUAUAUAUAUAUAUAUAUAUAUAUAUAUAUAUAUAUAUAUAUAUAUGAUGGUGAGGGUUUUUCUGAGUUUUAUGGGGGUCUGUGUCAUAUGUUUAGUUUGAUUCCUUUACAUGAAGCAUAUAGUGCAGGUCGAGUCAGGUCGGGUUUAUUAUAUUCUUUUAUUUCGGGUCAGAGUAUCCGAAGAAGCACAUGGGUCGUCUCUCGUCUUUUAAGUUGGCUGGUUGUGUCUUCGAUUACGAUGGAGACGAUAGAUUCCCGAGUUUUGCUUCUGUUUCAAUUAUUGAAUCAAAGAAAUGUCUGGCAACAUCUUUGAUUGGAUUCUGUUUUGUAUUUUAAUAUAUGAUUGAGAUUGGGAUGAUGAA